ACCACCCGAUGGUAGUCGCGAACAAUAACGCCUGUGAAGUCAACUGAACUGUGCGACGUAGUUCUCCAAGAUUGCAGCUCUUCAGUUUAUUUAAAACCAAUUAUCUUAUGCGACGUUUAAUUGAUUUUUUGAGCCUGCGAGUGGAUUGAUCAGUUACCUCACGUGGAGGAACAAGUGACUAUAGUACAUCACAAAGUUUACAGAUGGAGGAUGAUUAGCCAAGGUUUUAACUUAGCCAUGUGCGAGAAUGAUGUUUGACGAAACUCAGGUGUUCGAAGGAUUGACUGCUUGGUUUUCUACGAGUGUACCUGCAAGUUUGAAGUCUCGAUGGGUGAAAAGUGGGGGACUUGUCGGGAAAGAGUUCAGUGAUGUAGACUACAUUUUCAGCAGCAAUGCCUCUGCAAAAGAUACGUUAAGGAUUUUCGAUUCACACAAUGAAGAGCUAACCAUUUUUAAUUCUUCAUUAAUUGAGGAUGCUGUUAAAAAUGGCAAAAUCGUUUUAAGUGGAAAAUACUCUGGGGAUUAUAUUCUCAUUCAUCCUGCAUAUCAGAAAGAAAUUGACAAUUUUUAUAAAAAUAAGUGUCCAAGACUGUACAGAAGUGAUGUGAGACUCACAGGAAUGAAAGAUGGCAAGAGAAGUGGUUUUCAUGAAAGUAAGAUCAAGAACAGUAUGAAGAAAGCUAAGAAAACUAAUGAUGAUGAAGAUUCAGAUGAAUGGGAAUUUGAAGACAGUUCUUUGCCUAAAGUUCUUGAUAAAGUGAAGAAGAAAAUAGCAGAACGGAUUGGUGAUGAUGACUCAGACAUGUGGGACUUAACAGAUGACUCAGAGAUCUCCUUAACUAGUAUGAAUGCAAGGACACAGCCUAAGGAUAUUGAAAGUCUUCCAAGGGAGAUUAAGAAUACAGAGCAAGAAAUGUCUGAUGAAUGGGAUUUCAAAGAUGAUCCUGACCUUCACACUAAAAACUUAAAAGAUGCCAAGAACAAGAAUGUACAGAGGGACAGAAGACACUCGAAACUGUGUAGAUCAUCCCAUUUAAAUCUUGUUGCAGCUCCUCAGAAACAGCCAUGGAUCACUGUACAACCAAACAAAACAAGUGAAGAUGUUAGGAAUUUGUCUAACAAUCCCAGCGCAACAUUUUCAAUAAGUGACACAUCUCAUGAUAAUUAUAGUCAAGCUGACGAGAAGCAACAAGACCAGGGUGGGUACCACUCACAGAAACCAGUAGAGCAAGAUAGAGAGCAGCAAAUGCACUGUGGUGACUGUCAGGAAAUGCAUACAUCACAUUCACAGCAUACUGAGCAAGGGGGAAGCUAUCUAGAUGAUACUAAGUCGAGAAAUAAAGUUUCACCUGAUAAAGGCAUUAGACCCCACUUUCUCAGCAGUAUGGAUGAUGGCUUCGUUCAUAUUGAUGACAUCACACUGCCAGAUACACCUAUAUGUGACUUCAUUCCAAAUCACGCUGGCUGCAGAGUGGAUGCCAAAUAGACAAUGCCAAAACACUCUCUUAAAGAUUUUGACUUAUGUUAUAAAUUAUUGCUUUCAGUUUUAGUUGCUUUUUAUUGGAAAGAAGUUUAUCAUGUUCAUAAAAAGUUUAGAGUGUACCGGAACCUCCAUUUAACCAGAUUUUGAAGGGUUUUUUUUAUAUUCAUGA